AUGACACCUCUCUCACCCCAUCAUCAUCAUCAUUACCAACAAACCCAAACUUCCUCAGUUUCCAACACUGUUCCCACUGCUUUCUAUUUAUCCCCUUCUCAUUUCACCGACACACCUAUCUGUUAUGGCGUUCCUGAAAAUCCUAACUUUCAUUCAUCUUUGUCUGUUAUGCCUCUUAAAUCGGACGACUCUCUUUGUAUCAUGGAGGCUCUUGGUAGAUCACAAUCACAAGAGGACUUUCAAGGUGGUGCAACAAUGGGGACUCAUGAUGAAUAUGGUAGCCAUGAAAGAGAUGCAGCAAUGGCUUUAAGCUUAGACAGCAUUUACUACAAUAACCAACAAAAUGCAGAUCCUCAUCAACAACAACAAAGCCACAUGACAUCACAUCCAUAUUAUGCAGCACUUGGUUUCCAUGGUAUGUUUCAAACACCAUUAGAGAUUGAAUCAAAGGAAACAUCAACAAAUGUUGAUGUUUGUAGCUCCCAAAUGCCUCAAAACUGGUUCUCUCUAAGAGAUUAUUCUUUUGCUUCUCAUGCUUCUCAGACUCUUGAGCAACAAAUGAACACAAACAUGGGAAAUAACAAUAGUGGUGGUGGUUCUGUUGGGUGUGGUGAGUUACAAUUUCUAAGCCUAUCAAUGAGUCCUGGUUCUCAAUCUAGCCGUGUUACUGCUCCUACACAGAUCUCACCUUCUGGAACUGAAUCAGUCACCAUGGAAGCUAAAAAAAGAGGUGCUGCUAAGCUUGGACAGAAGCAACCUGUUCAUAGAAAAUCCAUUGACACUUUUGGAGAGAGAACUUCACAGUAUAGAGGCGUCACAAGGGUUGUUUUGUAUGCUAUAGCCAUGGUAGAUUUUGAUCAUGAAAAUGGUGAGGUUUGUAAAGACUUAAAACAAAAGAUGGAACAGAUCAUUGCCUCAUACAGCUCCUCUGUUGAAAGGUGA